CUGCAGGUGAAGCGACAGAAAGUGCUCGAUACUCGGUGGUAAAACACACCUGCUGCAGCACUUUGCUUUGGAUGAAUGUUUAAAGCCAUGCAGGAGUAUGAAGGCCUGCAGCAGAGGCAUGAGAUAGCAGCCAUGGAGUGCAAGAGGCUGGAGGAGGAGAGAGACGAGGCCGUCAAGAAGCUCAAUGAGUUCCAACAAGUUUCUCAGAUGGUUAUUGAAGAAGUCCAUGCCAUUCAGGAGAACCUGGAGAUCGAGAGGACAUGUAGAGAAAGUGCUGAAGCCCUGGCCUCUAAGCUGAACCGUCAGAAUCGCUCCCUGAAGAGGAAAAGCAUGAUGCUGCUGCCCCUCCUCAGCCCAGAGAGCAUCUCUGAGAUAAACAUUGAGGAUGAAGAGGAAGAGGGUGAAGAGCUGAAUUCAGCCAGAGAGAAAUGUGUCUCUCUCCAGUGCCAGACCACCAUCUCAGAGCUACAAAAUAAGUUGGAGUUAACACUAAAGGAAAAAUGUCAAGCAGCCAUCGAUAGUGAUGCAGUAAGACAACAACUGAGGGAAACAAGGGAAGAACUGCUCAAAGAGAAACAUGAUAACACUGUUUUAAUUGCUGAGACAAUGCAGCAAAAGAAGCUCCUGGGGAAAUAUAACAGAGUGUCUCAGUUUGCUGUGGAGGAAUUUGAGGCCUUACAGGACACCUUGAACCUGGAGAGGGACCUGAGAACUGAGGCAGAGAGCUUUGCCAGAGCGAUGGUGGUCGAGCAAAGGAAGCUGAAGCGACAGAGUGAGAUCCUGAUGCAAAGCUCCUUGCCCAGUCAAGCUCUGCAGGAAGCCCUCAGCCAGGUCACCAGACUGACCCAGGAACUGGAGACACAGAGGCUGGAGCACCAGAACCAGAUGAAGCAGGCUGAGGACAGGCUGAGGACCUCUGAGGAUGUGAAGGAGCUGAUGGCAUUGAGGCAUAAACUGGAGCUCCUGGAGGAGGAGAAGAGGGAGUACAGUGACAAAUGCUCCAAGGCUGAGGCGAACGUCAAGGAUCUGCGGUCCACAGUUGAAGAGCUUCAGAAGAGGCUGCAGGCAGCUACCAACCCACCCCCAGCACCAGCACCCCCACCUCCCCCACCACCUCCGCUUCCUCAAGCCCCAGCUCCAGCCUCCAACCCGCUCAGUUCACUGCUGUCAUUGAUCCGAAAGAGAAGAGACAUCAGCACUGACAUCCCUCUGGUGCUGCACAACUCAGCCAAGACACCAGAGGUGGAUAUCAGACAGCAGGCGGUGGAGGAAAUGAUGCACAGGAUCAAGAAAGGCGUUCAGCUUCGACCUGUCAGCCAGUCCCCUAAUAGGACCAGGAGACAGAUUGCGAGGCUGCCAUCUAAUUCUGCCAUUCAGGAACUUAAAGGAAUCAUGGAGAAUUUCCGUGGAACCUCCCCUCAACCAAAGGCAACGCCUCCACCAACAAACCGCGAUGAGGAGCUGCAGAGGAUCCUGAUGAGACGGCGUGAUGCAGUUGAGUCCCAACAUGAUGCCGGUCUCAGUCCCAUCCUGUCCCCUGCUGUGUGAAGGGUGCCAUCAUGCAGACUGACAUCACGACCCCCAAAACACAGACUGGAUGUGGGUGACUGAAGAUCAUAUGAUGACAAACCAAUGGCUAGCAUUUAAUUUGACUGUAUAUAAAUCAAAUAAUCACUUCAGGCUGUAUUAGGAGUCACACAGUGAGACUGAGUGGAUUUCCACAUCAGAUAAAAGCACAGCCUGAGCAGGUUGUAAAUCAGCACAGAGGUCACGCAGCCCUGCGCUAAGAGCACAAGUGUGUCAGUGAUUUACAUUGAGGCCAUUUUAUUUCAGUAAAAUGAAGGAUGUGUAUCCCACACCACCUUUUCAGGAUUCAUUCAGCUCUUUUUCUAAUUCUGAAGGUAAAACCCAAUUUAUUGUUUGUACUGUGAGGAACAGUGGAGUGGGGUUUUGCAGCCUUGAGCUUUUGCCAAAGCAGAGUAUGUCUCUGGAUUGUUCUGUCUAGACCAGUGUUAACCUUGUAGCCUCCCACUGAGCAAUUACAGGCCACUGUGGCACACUUUGUUUCCACUGUUCCCCUCACUCGCUCACACUCACACCCCCCAACCUUCUCAGGCUACCAUUUUAUGUGUGGUACUGCCUCCUCUCUGCUGCGUCCAUCCUGCAGUCUGUCCACAGGGACUGUCACUGUAGGCCUGUUGGGACAGAUAACACGUUCGGUUUGCUUAGUCAUCUCUGUGGAAUCUGUUCUCCUACUUAUUAGACUGGCCAGUAGCAGUUCAGCAG